AUGGAGGCACAUGUGGGAACAGAACCAGUAACGGCAGCGGAGGAGGAAAACGACCCCCCUGCUCAGAGGAAGCCAUCAUCAGCUGGUGUCAGCGGAGACACGGGACCUGGAUGCUGUACGCGCAAUGGUCUGAUCAACACCCACAGCCUGAUGGUGGAGACCAAGGAAGGACUGGUGUCAGUCUACUCAGCCCCUCAGUACCAGGGCCAUGUGGUGGUGAACCUUUCUCCCCAGCAGGUGUCUCAAGACAGGAAUGGGACAAAGGUCAGUGGAGGACCUCCACAGCUGCUCAAUCCCAGCACCCUGCCCCAGGCCAUAGAGCCCUGUUUCAGGCCCAACCUCUUCCUGUAUUCUGAGAACAUGCUGAGAGCAUGGGGUGAUGGAGGAGACUGUUGUGAGACCACCUUCAUUGAGGACAUAACACCUGCCUCCUCCACGGCAACUGUAACCAAGGACACAAUUGUAUUCUCAGAUGGCAAGUUCCUCGAUCUCUCAAUGGAGGACGCGAAGAUUCAGACGCUCUCUUAUGAUGUGGAUGAUGAUGACGAGUUUCAAGAACUUGAGAGUGAAUACUCCAGUGACUCAGAGAGCGAGGACAACUUCCUGAUGAUGCCUCCACGGGACCACUUGGGCCUCAGCGUCUUCUCCAUGCUCUGCUGUUUCUGGCCCCUUGGCAUAGCCGCCUUCUAUCUGUCCCAUGAGACAAACAAAGCGGUGACAAAAGGAGACUUCCACCUGGCCAGCUCCAGCUCCAGACGGGCUCUCUUCCUGGCCGUGCUGUCAAUCACCAUCGGGACGGGCAUUUACGUGGGCGUGGCCGUCGCCCUCAUAGCGUACCUCUCCAAGAACAACCACUUGUAG